AUGAUUGUUGGAGAGUCUAGUACAACUGAAAGUUCAAAACGAUGGACAUUGUGCAUAAAAUCGAAGUUUACUAAGCUGGGAGCUGUAAAGUCGCCUAAAGUUGUCGAUGUUAGAAUAUCAGACGGGGAGAAAGAUACAAAUGUUGAAGUUGACGGAUUUUCGUACCCUGAAGGAGGGUUGAAGGCUUGGAGUGUGACAGUUGGCGCAAUGCUCGGGGUGUUACCUACAUGGGGGCUUUUCUUCGUCACUGGAACAGUACAGAACCAUAUUUCCAAAAAUCAGUUAGCAAAUAAGUCUAUAUCCUCUGUUUCGUGGAUAUUUUCUAUCUAUGCUUUCCUUGUUUUGAGUUCGGGAAUUUUCAGUGGGUUGUAUUUUGACAAAUGUGGAACAAAGCAGCCUCUGGCGAUAGGUUCAGUGAUUUUUAUUGGCGGGCUUAUUGGGGUUGGGAAUUCCAAAACUAUUGGGCAGUUUAUUCUAUCUUUUAGUGUUGCUGCAGGGAUUGGGUCUGGCAUAAUAACGAGUCCCAUGCUUGGUUGUGUGUGCCACUACUUCUACCGUCGGAGGGGUAUUGCAACGGCACUAGCCAUCAAUGGCGGCAGUGUUGGAGGAGUUAUUUUCCCCAUAAUGUUUGGCUCAUUGUUCGAUAAAGUUGGCUUUGCAUGGUCUUUCAGGAUUAUGAGUUUAAUUGCGGCAUUCUGUCUCACUUUAACCUGGUUCUUAGUGAGAGAAGAUCCUGAAAAGUUGACGGUAACAACAUCCGAACAAGCCGAAUACGUAAAGAACUACCAUCCGCUAAGACGGUCCAUCUUAACUAUGAGAGACGCCUUUGACUACAAAGCUCUGGCUCAAGGCUCGUACUUCUGGGGCACCAUCGCAACCUCAAUGGCUGAGGUCAGCGCCGGUACAACUCUAACCUACAUCGCCUCCUAUUGUACUGCCGUGCACUACAAAGAAUCUGACUCCUUCGCCAUCGUCACAACACUGAAUACCCUCACCAUAUUUGGCGGCUUUAUAUUCAGCUUCGUCGCUGACCGAUGGCUCGGCGCAUACAACGUUAUGAUAAUCGUCAACAUAGGCCUCGCGUUUUCAGGCCUCAUAAUAUGGCUACCUUUCGGCAGCCGUUCAACCUCUAACAUGUACAUAUUCGCAGCAAUAUACGGCUUCUUCUAUGGAUCAAUGCUCAACCUGGCCCCUGUGUGCUGUGGAAAGAUCUCCAAAACCAACGAAUUCGGCAAACGCUACGCUACAAUGUAUGUCCUAGUCGGCCUUUUCUUUCUCCUGGGUAUCCCUAUCUCUGGCGUAAUCCUCCGUGAAGAAUCACUCUCCGCAUACAACAAUCUAAUAAUAUUUGUAUCUUCAAUAAGCGGUACCUCUGCGUUCCUAUUCGCAGUUAGUAAGUAUUACGCCCUCAAAUCCCCUUCCAACUCAGCCCCUGCCUCGUCCUUCCUCAGCGUAAUUUUAACCACCUUAUUUACUGUCUUUUGA